AUGUUGGAUCAUUUGAAGCCUCAGCACAAGAAGAGAAAGCAACAAAACUGGCUCAGGUUCAUCAUCUACUUUGUAGUCGUGUUUGUAUUAUAUCAAUUCUCCAAAGUCAUAUACCAUGCUGUCUUUCCAACAACACAAAAUACACCUGUUCAUGACCACGACUUAAUCUAUCACUCACAUAGCUACAAGAAUAAAAAUAUCAAACAACAGACCAUCCUGACAUUUGAGCACGAUAACCAAACUUACCUUGAUUUUCCUUGGUACCAAAAGCAGCACACACGACCUCAAUACAGGCCAAACAGCACGCUUACCACACUCCACAUGUCGAUCAAAGAACGAGAAAUCUACCAGCAAAAAGCCAUCCUGCAAGCAAAGAAACUGGCUUUCAGACGGUUUGCUCCCGAGGACUAUGCUGGUAUUCGAGGCAGUUCGCUGUCAACUGCAGAAGAGGCAUCAGAGUUUAGACGCAAAGUAGAGUGCUGGACAAGAGGAAGCUGGGUCAAAGAGGACGAUGCCUACAGUCUGAAACACAUUCAGGAUCCCCUGUACAGCUCUUGCGACCGCCAGUUCUACAAGACACACGAUGCUUCAGAAAAGAGAGAGGCCACCAAGUAUCGGUGGGUGCCUGAAUCAGACAGCUGUCCUUUAUCCGCCAAGGUGGAAUCCCAAACGUGGUGCAGAAGCCUGAAGGGCAGAAACAUGCUGUUGGUAGGUGAUUUGACACACUAUCAAUACCAUGAGUUACUGCUGGAUGCCUUCAGAGACGAUCCUACCGUGUGUUUUGGUGAAUUGAACUGCAAAGAUCAUACGAUUUGCAAGGAACCAAAAGACACUCGACUUCGCUACGUUCGAAACGACAUUUUAUCUACCAUUCGCAAAUUCCAAAACAGAGACGGAGGACAUCCUUUAGCUAACGUAGUCGAGUGGCCAUUUGUUACAUCCAAUAUAUUAUCGUCCUAUCCUAUAUUACUACUCAGUCGAACCGCUGUACUAGGUGAUGAUGAUGUCCUCUUCACCAGACGCUUGAUCCACACGCUCAAAGUGAUUCGAGAGACAUCUCCAGAUGCGCUUGUCAUUUACAAAUCCUCGUUUGUGGGUCACCCGUUCUGUGAUGAUGCAAAGGCCCCUUUGGAAAAGGCAUUAUCAGAUCCAGAACUGAGGAAAUUGCCUUAUGGUUGGAGCGAAUCCAAGAGACGAAAUGCAAUCGCAAAAGCAGUUGUGGAGGCCGCUGGCGGGCUUUAUGUGGAUUUGGCUGCUAUGGUGGAUCUGAGACCGGAUGGACAUGUGGGUGGUCAAGAUUGUUCAAGAUACUGCAUACCAGGCCCUUUGGAUGCUACAGUUCAAGUUUUAUAUAAUGUAUUUCUAGGUUUAUUAGCAUAG